CGAUGGGGAGGAAGUGCAGCUUCUCUGUAAGUUUUUACCUUGUGCCACUAAGUGUGCGGAACUUAAGACGAAGAGAAGACGGCUGUGUGAGCAGUAGCCGGGGAAGGACUCUUUUGAGAGUCGCAUCGUCCCGUCAUGGAGUUCGGCGAGGAGCCGUCGCCCGCUCUGGCUUUCGAGAAGGACGCGUUCGAGCUCACGGUCGAAGACGUCUACGACAUCUCGUAUGUGAUCGGACGAGACUUGUUGAAAAUAAGCAGCACGGGCGAAGAAGUCUCGGACCUGCAGUUCAGAAUAGUCCGCGUGCUGGAGAUGUUCGAGACUCUGGUCAAUAAGUACAACUUGUCUCUGGAGGAGCUGAAAAUGGAGCGGGACAACUUGAAGAGCGAACUGGACCGCAUCCUGCAGGAGAGCUCCUCUGGCACGCAAACAGCGGGUCCAAACCAGCUGCUGGUGGACCUCACGGACCCCAACAGACCGCGCUUCACCAUGCAGGAGCUGAAGGAGGUUCUGCAGGAGAGGAACCAGCUCAAAGCGCAGCUCAUGGUGGCUCAGGAGGAGCUGCAGCUGUACAAGAGUGGGAUUCUGCCACAGACUGAACCGGCCAUGGUGGAGGUGGAUCUGGAGACACCCACAGAUCACAGUCCAGCCUUAACAAACAAUGCAAAAGAGGAGAAGACGACCAUAGGCAAACUGUUUUCAUUCAGGCGAAAAUAAGAAUCUUACAGAAGAACUAAGAGAAGACAAACAGGAUUUGUUAGUUUGCUUAUCAGUUAACCACUUUUAUUUUAUUUUUUUACCAUGUCUGCUUGUCAAACUAACAAGCACUGUAUUUUGUGUUGAUCAUUUUUACCUAAAAGUCAGAAGUAGAAAUAUAUUGUUUUGAAAGAAAUGAAACUGGAAAGUAUUAUCUCACUACUGUUAGAGAUUAUGUUGAAUGCACGCAUACAAAAUGAAGUAAUUUAUAAGCUUAAACAUUGAUUUAAAAAAAGUCUCAACUCCUGUGUAUGUUUAUCUGAAACUGCACCGUUCGAUGGAUGUGAAUAUGACAUUUAGCGUGAAGGUCAAUACUGGACCUUUGUGUCAGGCUGUACCCCUGUAUUCAUAC